GAUGAUGAUUUCGGGCCUUCCACGUACACCGAUAAAAAAAAAAAUCAAGAAAAAAAGAAACAAAGCCAAUCAAUCACAUUGGCCUUUCUGCAAACACUAAAACUGCAUACAAGAAUGGACUUAUCCAAACACGUUUAAAACAAUAUUAGUCGUGAUUGCUCUCCAAACACUGUACGUUUCUCCCUCUACCUCACGCACAAGAACACACAGUUUCUCUCUCUCUCUCUCCCACGCACACAUACACACACAGUUUUAGUUUAUCUCUCUAGAUCUAGAUCCACAUCAUGUACCGCACAGCUGCUCCGUCUGAGCUCCUUGCCAUCACUGGAGCUUUCAUCACAGAUCCAGACAUCAGGCUUGCUAAGAAGCAGUGGAUAUGGCCUGGCCAGAAGUGCAUCAAGGUCGACCUAACUCCGGUGAACUACACGUUCGAAUUGCAAGCCAUGAGCGUCGAGAAGCUUCGGUUCGUCCUCCCGGCGGUCUUCACCAUCGGCCCCAAAGUGGAGGAUGAUGAGAGCAUGCUCAAGUAUGCCAGGCUCAUGUCACCCCAUGACAAGCACUCCAACCAUGUCACAGAGCUCGUCCUGGGUGUGAUCGAGGGCGAGACUCGUGUCCUCGCCGCCUCCAUGACCAUGGAAGAGAUCUUCCGCGGUUCCGAAUCAUUCAAGCAACAGGUUUUCGAUAAAGUUCAGCCUGAACUCGAACAGUUUGGCCUUCGCAUCUAUAACGCCAAUGUCAAACAACUUGUGGACGUCCCAGGCCAAGAGUACUUCUCCUAUCUAGGCCAAAAAACCCAGAUGGAGGCAGCUAAUCAAGCCAAGAUUGAUGCAGAGGAGGCGAAGAAGAAGGGUGAGAUUGGUGUGAAGGAACGACUAGGGCUGACAGCACAGAAUGUGGCUAAGAUUGACUCUGAGACGAAGAUUAUAUCGACCCAGAGGGAAGGAGAGGGUAAGAAGGAGGAAGUCAGGGUGAGGAGUGAUGUGCAGAUAUUUCAGAACCAAAAGGAGGCUGAUGUGGUUGAGGCCAAUGCCAAGUUGGCGGCGAUGAAGGCAGAUUGGGGUCAGAAUGCGCAGUUGGCAAAGGUGGAGGCGGACAAGGCAGUGGCUUUAAGGGAGGCUGAGUUGCAGAAAGAGUUGGAGCAGAAGAAUGCUUUGACUCGGACCGAGAGACUCAAGGCUGAGUUGCUGAGUAAGGCCACUGUGGACUAUGACAUUCAGGUGCAAGGAGCAAAUUCAGAGCUGUACAAGAAACAGAAAGAGGCAGAAGCAGUUUUCUACGAGCAGCAGAAGCAAGCUGAAGCACAGAAAGCAAAUGCAGAUGCCAUGUUCUAUGCAAAGCAGAAGGCUGCAGACGGUGAACUCUAUACAAAGCAGAAGGAAGCUGAAGGAAUCACUGCAAUAGCAAAAGGUCAAGGCGUUUACUUGAGUACCCUUCUCAAAGAACUCAACGGAAACUAUGAAGCAAUCAGAGAUUAUAUGAUGAUCAAUGCGAAUAUGUUCCAAGAAAUUGCCAAGAUUAAUGCUGAAGGCGUGCGUGGACUGCAGCUCAAGAUUAGCAUUUGGUCCGGGGCCAAUGGCAACAACGAGUUGUUCCAGACAGUUCAAGAGCAGACUGCGAUUCUACCACCGGCACUGGGGAUGACAACGGGGGCGGGUUUGGGCGGGUGUACCCUCCCCCGCCUCCGCAACCGUUUAAAAAUCCCGCCCUCAUCCCCAUCCAAAACUGCAAAAAGGGGAGAAUUUUCUACCCUAUUUUCGUAACCGUUUAACAUUUUACCCCAACGGGUACUCACCCCGCCCAUUUAAGACCACAAUUUAUUUAUUGUUGAAAUAGAUUUGCUCUUUUUUUUUUUUUUUUU